AGCAUGGAGGACUUCCAGAGGAAGAUGAAUCAGCGCUAUGAGAACACCAAGCCCAGAAAGGUGAGGUUCAAGCUUGCGUCAUCCUACAGCGGUCGGGUCCUGAAGCACGUGUAUGAGGAUGGUCAGGAGCUAGACAGCCCAGAGGAGAAGUACCCUCACAGCUUCAUCCACCGCAAGAUCCCCCCCAGCCACCUGGAGAUGGAACAGCUCUGCGGCUUCAAGGAUUCACAGGGUGACCAGCAAGGUGUGUACCCUCCUACAGGGCUCAUAGCCCAGAGAAUAAAUGUGUAUCGAGGGGUGGGAGCCUACAGACCUAGUGUGGCCCAGACUGAGACAGAGGAAAGUGAUGCAAAGUCCUCUGUGCUUGACUUUGGCAAAAUUAUCAUCUACACGAGCAAUCUACGGAUCAUCAGAGCAUCUCCGAGGAAGGCUGAAGUGUUAAGACACAAUGUGAUGCCAUCUGUGGGUUUGGAGGAUUACCCGCAGAUUAAGGGACGAGGGAGUGGGAAGAGGACUAAAACAUCCUGUGUCCGGGAUGGGCAGGGGGGGGGACAGAUGAGCAACACAGAGGAUAAGGAGGUAGCCACUUGCCAGCAUUGUGGUGGUUCGGGCUGCGCUCCCUGCUCCCUGUGCCAUGGCAGCAAGCUGUCCAUGCUGGCGAAUCGCUUCAAUGAGUCCAUCAGUGAUCUGCGCUGCCAAGCCUGCUACCCUCACGGCCUGGAGAAGUGCCAGUCCUGCUCAGGCAAAUAG